AAAAUAUUUAUCAUCAGUCUGUUCAUAAUUUUUAUAACGUUCAGUAGUCGUGUGUUUUGCUAGAACCGCAACUUUACUUUUUAUUCAUACAAUGUCGGAACAAUGUGCAAAACCUGUUGCAACGUACGUAUUUUUCGAUUUGGAGACAACCGGUCUACCGGAGCCGAAGAGAGGUAUUAUUCCAGACAUCAUUGAAUUGAGUAUGGUAGCGGUCAACCGAGGACAUUUUCUCAAGGCAAAUCCUGACGAACUGCCACGAGCGCAACAUAGACUAUUACUGUGUUUCAAACCAGAAAAGGAGAUGUCCAAAGAAAGUGUAGAGCUAUCAAACCUGACGAACUCACUACUCGACCAACAACAGCCUUUCGACAAGAACACCUGUGAAUUGAUUAACGGAUUUAUCAAAUGCCUGCCGAGACCUGUCUGCCUGGUCGCUCACAAUGGAUUUGAAUUCCAUUUCCCCAUUUUAAAACAUCACAUGAAAUUAAAUGGAGUCGAAAUGGAAAUUGAUGUUAACUGUGCCGACGAUAAAUCAUAUAAAUUGGUUGAUAUAUAUGACCGAGAAGUACAGACGCCUCAUCUAGAUUGCAGUAGGAGUCAGCGUCAAAGCUUCCAAGCAAUGAAGAUAGCGUUAAAAAAAGCGGAAUUUUUUGCUGAUUGGGUGGAUCGUAAUCAUUGUAAAUUCUCUGAAAUUCCUAGUUACAAAAUUUAGAUGUUCUCAUUUAGCAACUAAAUGUAGAUUUACCUCAGAUUUACCACCGACUUGAAAAAUAUCGAUAAAAUUUUCUAAACGAUAAAGUCUACAUACAAGAUUGUACACAUUUUAAUACGAUUUUAUCAUCCCCCCAAGUAUAGUAACUUUAAAUAUCAAAACGCGAUGACAGUCGGGACAAAUUGAGUCUUAAGUGUGGGAGAGCCAUGCUUCGGCACGAAUGGGCCGGCUCGACCGGAGUGAUACCACGGCCUCACAGAAAACCAACGUGAAACAACGCUUGCGUUGUGUGAGUGAGGUUACCGUUUGCCCAAUUCCCCCCUUUCCUAUCUUCCCUAUCCCCGAUUCCCCAACAACCCUUAAAUUCCUAACCCCCAAAACGCCGGCAACGCACUUGUAACGCCUCUGGUGUACACUUGCAAGUGUCCAUGGGCGGCGGCGAUUGCUUACCAUCAGGUGUGUAUACCAUUUGUGUUAUAAGUCCCAUGUAGUAGAGGGUAAGCUCUCAUCUGGCAGCCGCACUGGCGACCACUCGACCAACGAGAUAAUUAUUUAUAUUAAAAUAUAUUUUUUAUUCUGUUGCUUAGUGAAGUAUUUGUGUUUAUAGAAAUAAGAUGUCCUAGUAUAAGAAUAAUGUUUAAAGCUCCUCUCGCCAAUGUUUAAAAUGCUGCGAUACAGGAUUUUCCUAGUGCAGGCAACUAACUUUGUGAGGCUAAUUCUAGUUAUUUAAGAUAUAUUUUUGUAUUUUACAUUUUUGAAUUAUGAAUAAGGUAUUGUUUAUUUUUCAUUAAAAUUUUAUUACUAUUCGUAUUCGUAAUUAUAACUUGCAACGUCGCGCCUUUUAUCCCGGAAGGGGUAGGCAGAGGCGCACAUUACGGCACGUAAUAUGGCUAUACAAUGUAAACCCAUUUUUCAUCAUUUGUGUUACAAGUUCCAUGUAAUAGGGGGUGAGCCUAUUGCCAUAUACUGGGUAGAAUUCCAGACUCUGUGCUGCUACUGAGAAAUUUUCGAAAAGCCUAAAAAAGUCCAGCUAUUGUCCGAACCAGGAAAUUUGUCCGGCAGUGGAACUUGCGACCACUCGACCAACGAGGCAGUCAGUAUUCAUAAUUAUAAUUUAGUAUAAAUCCAUAAUUUAGUCUUAAGUACUUAUGAAUAUAGUCAAUACACUGUUGCAUUAUUAUUAGGUUUACUUGUAAUAAUAAUUGUAUUUGGUGGCGGUUAAUAAAUAAAUAGGUACAUGCAUGAAGGAGUACUUUCUCUCUAUGUAAGUCUGUUUCUCCUUUCAUUGUUUUCAGUACACACUCAAACACACACACACACACACACACACACACACACACACAACUCAAUAUUUUAUGUAUGUAUAUAUGUAUAUAUUUAGUAUAUUGCUAGUGUUUUUUCUUUUUGUGCACACAUCUACCCCUUAUCUGUUUUCUUUUUAAUUUGUUCCAUCCAAAGGUUGUCUGGAAGAAAUCAUCAUUGUGUGAUAAGACCGCCCAUUGUACGCAUAUUACUUAAAAUGUAUGUAACCUAGGCUACUUAAAUGUGUACAAUAAAGCAUAUAUAAAUAAAUAAAUAAAUAAAUGCAUUAGUUAUUAUCCUUC